AUGCUGACUCACGGGGACGGGCUUGGUGCCCCGGAAGAGAAGGCCAGCAACCAUUCACGUGACCGCCACUGCUCGGAAAAAGAGGAGGAUGAGCAGCAAGAUAUUCAGCAGAAACAGCGACCUAGAGCGCACUCAAGAGGUCAUCAAAGUUCGGAGAGAGAAGUGGAUAUUAAACGGCAGACCCAACGCCACAAGAAGCCCCAGGAAGGACAGGAUGAUUUGCCUUCCCUCCCAGCCCCCUGUGAGGAGUCAGUUCAAGGGACAGGCGGCCAUGAAGCUCGUCGUCGACGCCGUUUGGAGCCAUCUUCACCCGGGCCUGAGAGUCACGCCCCUGAAUCGACUGCGAAGAGAAAACGUACCCCAAGCCGUCGCGUGGUGGAGGCUGCUGAAUCCGCCUUGCUCCUGGAAGAGGUUAUGGCUAGUGAGGACCUCGCAGCGCGCAGUGCCCCAAGCCGCCCUUCCCGAUUCCCCGCGGACUACCGUGAUGCACCCCCCGAUGACCUAGCAUCUUCUUACUUAGAGGCCUAUGGCGGUGGUGCUGCAUGCUUCGGGGAAACCACUGCUCGCGUCGGGGCUUUGAGUGUUCCCGUGCAUGAGAACCAGCGCCUGGCAGGGUCAUCAGAUCUGUACAGAGCUCUGGAGUUUGAAGAAAAUGCAAAGGAUUGGGAGCCACAGACGGGGAGCCGGAAGGGCAUCGGCCCCGGAGGCGCGCAGCGGCAUCUGACGGCUGUAGCCGAAGAGAUUCCUCUUUACCGACGCCCUUUAUUUGGAGCAGUGGAGCCGAGAGACCUUCUGGGGUUUGGUGUCCCUCUAAGAGAGGUUCUCGGUACCAGAGAUAAGCACAGGGUGCAACAGCAGCGAGAGCAGCCUGAUCAGGAGGUAGAUACAUCUGGGGAAGCGAACGUGCAGCGUGAAGGGCAGCCUUAUAGUCAUGAGGCAUCUCAACAAAAGCAGCACCGAGAGGGCGAGGUGCCGUCAUUUGUUGUCGACGUGGCGGUGGUGGGUGCCGGGGUAGCAGGGCUGGCUGCUGCUGCUUACCUCAGGCGAUGCGGAGCUUCUGUAGUUGUGUUUGAGGGACGCCACCGGGUUGGCGGACGCACUUUCUCGUCUGUAAUGCCGGAGAGGGUACUACCCGACGGCCGUAAAGUCGAACGUGUUGUGAUUGACCUAGGUGCUUCUUACAUGCACUGCGUGACAGCACACCCCAAAGAGAGCGGAGGUGCGCCGGAUUGCCGUUGGCGUCGGGAACCUUCUCGAUCUGUCAGUGGCAUAGCGGCGGUGCUGCAGCCGCUAGUGGCCGAUGUGGCUGGGAAACAGAACUGGGAGUCGACGCUGUUUGCAAGUUGGAGCGACCAGACUUCUGGGAAAGAAAUACCUUUUCUCUCUGUACUAAAGGUGCAUCAACUGCUUGAUCGGCUACGCGAAAGGACGGCUGCAAAGCUCUUGCACUUGCCCCCACCCCUCACCGAAGCAGGGGGCCCAGGUCCUUCAGCUGCUCCUCUGCCCAAUACAAUUCCCGCAGCAGACUUUCUGGCCCCUUCCCUUGAUCAGUUACUGGUUGCGUCCCUAGAUAGAAGACGAUCGACCAGUAUGUGCAGCAUCAACGAUACUGCGGGUGUCGCACAGCCAGAGGACAUCACAGACCCCACCGACAAUUGUCAUGUAAGCGUCCCCGCCCUUCAGGAAGACCUCCCCAAGCAUGCCGUCUACACCUUUAAUGCUACGGGUGGCGAAGCUAACAAGGGUCAGAGCAGUCAGCAUGCUAACCCGAAGGCUUUUAUGAGAGGUGACAGCGGGUGCGAAGUGGGAGAAGAGGACAUUGCCGAUGAGCAACACGAUAUUACUGAUCCUUGUUGUCAGUGGGCCCCAGGCUCGAAGGACCGUGGCGUUUCCAAGCUAAACAGGAGCAUAUCAAACUGCCGGUAUUAUUCGUACUACCCUUUAGGACAAGCUUUUGUCCGCAGGGCCAUCAGGGCAUAUGGAGGAUGUCCUCUGUGCUGCACAGGGGCCUGUGGGGGAGCUUCUAGGCGAUUUGAUGAGAAACAUGGAAUUUCUGGAGGUUUAUCAGAGGGGAACGACUCCAGUUCAAAAAGGGAGGGUUUAUGGGGUUCUCCGGCACCUCUUGUCCAGCCGGGAUGCUCCGCUAAAGCCCUCGUAACACCCUUGGGCGAUGCUAGGGCCACCGACGGGGAGCUGACACGCGGUGGAGGGGCCUUGCAAAUGAACUCGGUGGGGGAGAUCAUUUGCAAGACAAGGGAACUCGCAGCAGAUGGGAAAGGGGCAUGCAAGUUGGACUCUGACAUCCAACAGCAGUUAACUCGGAAGGAUUUAACGAAGCGGCAGUCUGGUGUGUGCACGAGAACUCGAGGCAACAGUGUCCAUAGUGGAAGCACCACCAAUGGACAGCAACUGAUGAAGGGCAGCCGCCCGAAGAAAAGCAACACAACGGCAGGGACGCAAGCACAUGCGCGGCUGGUCCCUCCUUUGUCGCUCCACGAUGACAGUGGUUUCCGUCGGUCGGCAUGGGAUGCUCUGCAGGCUUCCCUGUUCGAAAUACUGGCAGAGGCGGAGGCCGAUGAGGGGUUGCACACUGGCGGCUCAAGUAGCAAAGAUGGCGUUAACAGGGAUUGUCGUGCUCUUCGACCCCGUAAACCCCCAGCUAUUACUCCUGCAGAAGCUCGCAUGCUUUUGGUUGUUUUGCAGUCUAGGCUUGGCUACGUGGGUGACCUGAGGGAGCUACCCCUGUCUGCUGUAAAAAAUUAUCCGUAUGAAGUUGCUGGGAUAGGACCAGCCCUCAGAGAGGUGUUGUUAACCCCACAGUUAGGGCCUCCACCAGUGCCACUGGCUGUGCCGCCGGCCCCCAGCAUGCAGCGGCUUCGCAUGCAGCAAGCAGCGCUGGAGACAUCCCUACAGCAAGAGCAAAAUGUCCAUGUUUACCCUUUUUCGGCCUCUACUGCCAAUGCUGCUGACAAACUUGUCGUGGAUGGCUGGGGCUGGCUGCCCUUGUUCUUGUGCCUGCAAGUGUCCCCUUUUGUUGUAACGGAAGCCACUGUGCAGUCGAUUUGUGUCAUGGAUCGUCGCCGCCAUAUUCAAGGGUGCCGAAAUAUUGCUUCUUCUAGCCCCGUAGAGGAAUCGCGGGCUUCGUUGGGCACAAAGGACGACUCUUCUGGAGAUGGUGGGUGUGACACGCAUGAUGAAGAGGCUAGUGGGGAUGGGGCCUUUCUUGCAGACACACAUCCAGUACGCCUUCGAGUCGAAGUGAAUCGUCGCCUGCGCCAUACUGCUUCUCAUGGGCUCCCACAAGCGGAGGAACAAAAUGAGCCGCCAACGCACAUUUGGGCGCACGCUAAGUAUUGCGUUGUGGCGGUCCCACUGGCACAGCUUGCUCAAGCGCCAUUGCCGUGCACUCGAGGUUCAACCGCUGAAGAGCAGCUUCCACCAACCCUGGGCCUGAUUGACUUUUCGCCUCCUCUUGGAAUAGAGAAGCGCCGCGCUCUUGCACGGUACAGAAUGGGAUGCCACAAUAAGGUAAUCAUUCGGUGGCACCCUGACGACGUUUUCUGGCAUGGACGGGGCCUGCAACUGAAUUGCCUCGAUCAGAAGUUCCAGUUUCUGAACCUCCAUGCCUAUGGGAAGCCAGGGUGCCUUCUCGCACAUUGCUUCCCCCCAUUUUCCACCGGCUACGGGGGUCUUCACACUGACCAAGAGGUGGUAGCUGAAGUACUGGCACUACUGCAGCAGAUGUUUGGCAUCUCUGGAGAUUCUUUUCCUCGGCCAGUUGAUUUUGUUGUCUCACGCUGGGACGAAGAUUGCUUUUCUCGAGGCUCGUAUUCCACCCCGGGAGUGAAUGCGUACGACAACGACCUUGACGUCAUGAGAGCUCCCCAUCCAGCACAUGACCCUCGCGUACUUUUUUGUGGGGAGCACCUUAGCAAGGCCUAUUUUCAAUGCGUCGACGGCGCUUUUGAUACAGGACUUCGCGCUGGGGAAGCAGUUGCUCACGAGUGUCUACAACUCCCACUUCCCCCCAGAGAAGAUGGAAGGAAUUUCGCAUUGGAUUGCUUUUGCCUGCCUCCCGUUUCAGCCCAGUUUGGUCCUUCAUCCGAUGGCAACGAAGCGGUUGACCGUCCCCAAAGUGCAGACACCUCUUCUCGUGGUGAACAGUAUUUUAAAGCGCCUUCAGGAACCUGGGAGGACGAAUCUUUUCGGCAGACCCGCGAAGGUUUCCUGCCGCAGUGCCCGUUCUCAGGAUUUCCGAUGCCGCCACUACCACGAGUGCUGCGUGGGCAUUACUUAACUGACCAGUCAGACCUAGGUUUGACGGACGCAGAGGGGGAAAGCUGGGCGGACGUGGGAGGCGGCCGGCGUGCCCCCCACACCUGUGAAUCCGAGCGGAGAGCCCCCUACGUUGCGGCGGCUGAAGAGUAUUUUCUUGCGCAUUGCCUGGCCUUCAUAAGACGAGGCAGCGAGCAGCUCCUCAAAAGGCUGGCUGUGCAGCAUCAGGGCAGCCCCAAUAGUGGCACCAGCGUUGAGUCAUUCGCCGUUGACAAUGUUCCUUACGAGGGGGAGUUUUGCAAUGCAAACACAGCACGUGCAUUGGGGGAAGAGGGCGAUGAUGCUGCAAUGGAUGAACCUCCUGCAAUACCGCAUGUCAACAGUUUAUCAGAAGCCGCAGUCAGCUUCAUGCAGCGCUUACCUACAACUGCUCAGCGCCUUUUUUACAGGACUUUCCUUUCGGAAUUCCCUUUAACUCCUCCGUCGUCAGGUGGUGGCGAACAGCAGGAGCAGAAGGGAAGCUGUACCCCAACGAAGCAGGAACAUCAAGAUUGUAUUCCUGAAGGGCCAGACGACCAACAACAGCUUCAGCUUCCUCUUUUAACUGACCUUCUUGACGCCCUGUUGCUCACUACGAGCAGCACUGGAGCUGCUAAUGAGAGUGGCCAAGAUGCGCCUCUGAACGAAACGGCACUCAUGCUGUCCCAGAUGUUUGCGCGUCGUCUCAAACGCGGGUCUUGUGGAAAGGUAUUGGAUAUGGAAGGUUUCUUGUUGCUUCUUGCAAAGAAGAACAGCCUAAUACGAGACGUAGUGCUCAGCCCCAUACGUGCCCUGGCUCAUGCACUACAGCAGAGCAGGGCGCGUAGAGAACCGCCAACGGGAACUGAAGCCUGUGAGGUGCCUUCAGCUGAGUUGCCUCCAGCUGAGGUACCUUCAGCUGAGGUGCCUUCAGCACCGCCAGAAGCGGCGGCAGCUUCGCUGGAGCGCUUCGUGAAGGAACUUAUGCUGCCUGCUCUGCCGGCGCAUGCGCGGAACACGAGGCCCCCUCGAAUGGCAGCUGUGUCGGUGGGCGUGCUGCUGAUGGAGACCCUUGAGAGACUUUGUGCUGCAAUCCCGCCAGUCACCGAUGUAGAGCAACUGAAGCACAGAGCAGCCAUUGUAGAAGAAUUGGUGCUGAGGAGCCUCGCAAAUAGUCAAUUUGUUUCGGCGAUCGGCAGCAGUGGGACGUGUGGAGGAGUACCAAGAAGGCGCACAGAGGCAGCUGAGUCGUCGGAUCCCGUGCAACAUGAGCAGUUGUGCUGGCUGUGUCGCGGGGAGGGGGAUUUGCUUCUUUGCGAUGGUCUACCUCCAGCUGCUACAUCUUCAGAUAAAAAGCCGGAAUGCACCUCGUCCUCCUCGAGCUCCUCAGCAGCUGGUCCAAGGCCGUGUCGUCAUGUGUUCCACAUUGGGUGUGCAUUUCCCCCCCCCACCCCGGCAGAGCUACAGCCAAACGCUCACUGGAGCUGUCCAUUGUGCAAAGCAAAGGCCUUUCGAGAGCGCCAAAGUGCUCCGCACCGUGGGUCCAAUCAGCUCCAGGAAGACAGGAAGUUGACGCAGGAGCUGCACCGUCUCCAAAACGGUGAAGGACGGCGGGAACACGGAGAACAGUCAGCGAGCGUUGCCGGUGUUGAGACCGUUGGAGGUCAUGAGGGGAGUACAGACUUCGGAGGGGAUCUCCUGCAUCACAUUUUCGAGUCUGUGGAGCGUCUCGCACGGCAAGGGACCGAAGAAAGAACAGCACACCAGUCCAAACAGCAACUGGCAGCUUGUGAAGAUUUGCAGAUGGCUGCGCUGAAGCGGUUGUUCGUUGACAAAGCUCGGAGCCUCCUUGCACGGACCCGGCAGCUGUGCAAGAGGCUGGAGGACCUCAAGUCUAUGAGGUUGAGAUCGUGGGGAGCAGCGAACCGUAGGAGGAUGCGCAUGCGAUCAAGGGCUGGUUGCCGUGAACAUGUGAACAUGGAGGCCUUUGACUCUACAGAUCACUCCGGAGUAAGAGUAAAAACCCCUUCAAAGAAUAGACGAAUAUCGCCGGCGGCGAAGCGUGCUGUUCGCUCGUGCUCACCCUACAAGGACUCAUCUGACCAAUCAACGAAGACGAAUAUGGGCAUGGGCACUGCUGAUUCAGUUGGACAUUGCGAAGGGCACACAGCAACAUCAGGCGUUUCGGCAACAGAAGGAGUAGGGAAGCCUUGUCCGGGUAGAGAAGAUGAAGAGCGCGCUCGCCAUACGCGAUCCAACGCACUGGGAGAAAAGCCUGAAGCUCUCACUACAGCCACGGGAAGCAGGCGAGGAAAUUCAGAUCGCGCCUCGGCGCUCAAUGUAGCCUUGGAGCAAACGCAAAGUGAUCGAACGGAAUACGGGGACAAGGAUGUCUCACCCGGGUCACAGGAUGAGGCUUCAUCGGAGGAGGCAGACCGCCCCAUGGAUCCGUUUGCUUGUGCUGCGCAGACGCCUAGAUUUGCCAGUGCCCUGAGCUUGCUUUCCCGCAUCCAUGCAACAGAUGACUCCGCCUUGCCAUUGAGCGUCCCGGUGUUGCAGCAACUGCAUCAUUCAGCACGAGGCUGUUGCUGUAACCGCAAGAGCCAACCAUCCGAGGAAGAAACGCGACUAGGCGACAAGGGCAGCUGCAGCACGGACAAAAAAAGCUUCUGCAGCUGCUUAUCGGACGGUUUAUUAGGGGAUGGCGGUUGCUUGUGUGUACGUUCGGCUCGUGUAGAUGCAGCGACUGCUCUUAGGGGCCUACUGGUGUUUGGAAAGCAAAAGCCUGAGGCUACAGUUCGGCCGAGGCGCCGCUUCCGCUCCUUGGCACCCCACGUUAGCUCAAAAGAUGCAGAUAUAGAGGCCCUCUGUCAAGUUGAACCAGCUUGGCAAGACCGGCUGUUCAGACCCUCAAGGAAGCGGCACCCUCAAAAGCUCUGCAAAGCAUCGGCAGACAUAGGAGGUGCAAAAGCUUCCGGUGUGCAGCCGCCCCGCCAGCAGGUGGCGCCGCACGCGCCACGGGUUCCAAUGCAUCGAAGUUGCAGGAAGCGAAAUGUGAAUCCACACCGAGGGAAUGUUGCCUACGCGGAGCAGCGGCUUGCCGAAGAUUCCCGCCGUAGAGCUGCGGCCGUACACUGCACUGCAGCAGCAGCUGAAGUCCCGGAAUCCCUGGAGUUACCUACUGCGCAGCCGCCAUUCGCCAUAUCGGUGCAGCAUUUCACUCCUGGUGCCGCUGCUGAUGCGCAGCAAGCGAGACAACCAGCAGCUAAUGCUGCCGCCCUGCGCUCUCUCUGGCAGCUAGUACAGGCAGUAAGGGAGCAACAGCAGCGGCAGCAGGAAUACCCGCAAUCCGGAAGAAUAUGUAACACCGCAGCGCAACAGCCACUUGUGCAGCAGCAGUUGCAACAGCGACAACAACUGCAACAGCAACUGCAGUUGCAGCAGCAAUUGCAACAGCAACUCCAGCAGCGCCUUCAACAGCAUAUCCAGCAGCAGCUUCAACAGCAGCUGCUGCAGCAGGAGAGAUCUGCAGCAGUGUUUCGGUCUGCACAGGGUGGAUGGCCAAUCCUAGCAGCUGGCACUGGUGAAAGGAGUUCUGGACUGGUGGAGCAGCUCGGGCUGCUUCGUCCUACCCAGCCACAGCCUGCAUCAGUUUCCCAAUCUGUUGGAACUGCAUUAAUAGAACAGCAACUGGAGCGUCAGUUACAGGAGCUGGUAAGAAGGCAACGACUCCAGGCUUCCCUGAUGGGUCUGCAACAACGCCUGGGAGAAGUACCAUCACCGGAGCAGUCAGUAGGUACUGUCCCUGAUCAAGGAAUGGUGCAUAUGGGACUUCUGACGGGCAGGGUGCAACCGACAGAGCAGGGUGAGUCGGAGCAGCAACGCUUGAGGGAACGUUUACACCGCCUGCAGCAACUUCAAAGGCAACUUCUUCUUCUGCAACAACGACAGCGAAGUGAUUCUUCUGGUGAAUGCCACCCAUGA